AUGAUCGCCGUGUCGUUUAAAUGUCGCUGCCAGAUCCUGCGCAGGGUGAACAAAGAUGAGGGGCCGUACACCAAACACUCCGCCGGGUCGAGACCUCCAGAAGGAGCGCUGGCCAUCAGGAGGCAGAGUAUACCAGACGAGUUUCGGGGCUGCUCGGUGGUGGAGCUGAUGAAGAAGGAGGGGACGACGCUCGGACUGACGGUUUCGGGCGGCAUUGACAAAGAUGGGAAACCCCGGGUUUCAAACCUGCGACAGGGAGGCAUCGCCGCCAGGAGCGACCAGCUGAACGUGGGCGACUACAUCCGCUCUGUCAACGGCAUCAACCUGGCCAAGUUCAGACACGACGAGAUCAUCAGUCUGCUGAAGAACGUCGGUGAGCGGGUCGUCCUGGAAGUCGAGUACGAACUGCCGCCCGUCUCGGUGCAGGGGUCAGGGGUCAUGUUUAAGAACGUGGAGGUCACGCUUCACAAAGAAGGAAACAGCUUUGGCUUUGUCAUCAGAGGUGGAGCCCAUGAAGACAGGAACAAGUCUCGCCCCAUCGUCAUAACAACCAUCAGGCCAGGUGGACCGGCUGACAGGGAAGGAACCGUCAAACCAGGCGAUCGGUUGCUCAGCAUCGAUGGGAUUCGUCUCCACGGCAGCACGCUAUCGGAGGCCAUGAGUAUCCUGAAGCAGUGUGGGCAGGAAGCUACACUGCUGAUUGAGUAUGACGUCUCAGUGAUGGACUCAGUUGCCACGGCGUCAGGGCCGCUGCUCGUGGAGGUUGCCAAGGCAACGGGCUCCAGUCUGGGCGUGGCUCUGUCCACUUCCAUGUUCUGCAGCAAGCAGGUCAUCAUCAUCGACAAGGUCAAACCAGCCAGCAUAGCAGACAGGUGUGGUGCUCUUCAUGCAGGAGAUCACAUUUUGUCCGUUGAUGGGAAGUCGAUGGAGUUUUGUUCUCUGGCUGAAGCCACUCAGUUGCUCUCUGCCUCCUGUCAGACCGUCCGCAUGGAGAUCCUGCCGCAACACCAGGCCCGACCGGCCCUGAACGCACCACAGCACGCUCUCAGCCACUCGUUCUCUCCUGGCUCCAUGUCGGCUUAUAGUCUCUCGUCCCUCAACAUGAGCACCUUGCCCAGGAACAUGUAUCCCACGAGUCCACGGGGCACGCUGAUGAGGAGGAAGGCCAAGAAGAAGGACUUCAAGAGCUCAUUGUCUCUUGCGUCCAGCACCGUGGGUCUGGCCGGUCAGGUCGUUCACACGGAAACCACGGAGGUGACGUUGCUAGGCGACGGCAUCAUGGGGUUCGGCCUGCAGCUGCAGGGCGGAGUCUUCGCCACGGAAACGUUAUCCUCGCCACCGCUCAUCGCUUACAUCGACCCAGACAGCCCCGCCGAGAGGUGUGGCAUCCUGCAGAUCGGCGACAGGAUUUUGUCCAUAAAUGGAGUUCCUACUGAAGACUCCACCCUGGAAGAAACCAAUCAGCUUCUCAGAGACUCGUCCAUCACCGCUCAGCUCACGCUGGAGAUCGAGUUCGACGUGGCCGAGUCGGUCAUCCCCAGUUCUGGUACGUUCCACGUGAAGCUCCCUAAGAAACCGGGGGUGGAGCUGGGAAUCACCAUCAGCUCUCCGUCCAACAGGAAACCAGGUGAUCCUCUGAUCAUCUCUGACAUCAAGAAAGGCAGCGUCGCUCACAGGACGGGGACGUUGGAGCUCGGAGACAAGCUGCUCGCCAUCGAUAACAUCCGGGUGGAGAACUGCUCGAUGGAGGAGGCCGUUCAGAUCCUCCAGCAGUGUGAGGAGCUCGUCAAGCUGAAGAUCCGCAAAGACGAAGACAACUCAGAUGAACAGGAAGUGUCUGGCAGCAUCAUCUACACGGUGGAGCUGCAGAGGUACGGCGGCCCGCUGGGAAUCACCAUCUCAGGCACCGAGGAGCCGUUUGACCCCAUCAUCAUCUCCUCACUGAGCAAGGGGGGGCUGGCUGAGAGGACUGGUGCAAUCCACGUCGGUGAUCGUAUCCUAGCGAUCAACAGCAGCAGCCUGAAGGGGAAACCUCUGAGUGAAGCCAUCAGUCUGCUGCAGCAGGCGGGAGAGACAGUAACACUGAAGAUCAAGAAGCAGGGAGAAUUGUCGAGUCCCAAGUCCUGUGUGAUUGGUCCAGGUCUGGGGUCGGGGGUGGGGCUUGGUCAGGAGAACCAGGAUGGGGAGGAGGAGCCUGUCAUCAUGGUCGCGCCCCCAUCGAGCCAGAGAGCGUUCAGCACGCUGCCGUCUGUGGACAGCGCCGUGGAGUCCUGGGACGGGUCCAACAUGGACAGCAGCUUCACCUCGCCAGCUCCACCUUUUCAGUCGUCUCCCUACAGUUUCCACGAGUGGCGCAACGCCAAGACAACCAACAGCCAGUCAUCGUCCUCCACUCGCCAGCGAGCCAAUCCGCUAUCAGAUCUGGGUCUGAGUGACGACGACUGGGACCGCCCACCACUCGGAGGGUUCACUGUGGGGCAUGAUGGGACAGAACCGGACCAGGAAGAGAACUUCUGGUCUCAGGCUCUGGAGGAUCUGGAGACCUGCGGCCAGAGCGGCAUCCUCAGAGAGCUAGAGGCAACCAUCAUGUCGGGCUCCACCCUCAGUCUGAACCAUGACCCCACCCCUCUGCGCAGCACUCUGGGACGCCAGGCAAGUUUCCAGGAGCGCAGCAGCUCCCGACCACAGGUGACCCCGAGGUCCAACACCUUGCCUUCUGACCCCCAACGCCGAGCCUUUGCCAUGAGGAAGAUGAGGCAGGAAGUCAAUGAGAUCCUAAACCAGAACCCUGUGGAACUCCACAAGUUGACUCUAGAGAAGGCCUCAGACCUGGAGGAUUUUGGUUUCAGUGUUUCUGACGGUUUGUUGGACCGUGGUGUCUACGUCAACAACAUCCGACCAGGAGGCCCAGCGGAGCAGGGUGGCCUCCGAGCAUAUGACCGAAUACUACAGAUAAACCACGUGCGGACCAGGGACUUUGACUGCUGUCUCGUCGUUCCUCUGAUCGCAGAGUCUCCAAAUCGCUUGGAUCUCGUCAUCAGUCGAAACCCCACCUCCUCCUCUCUGCUGGUCAAUCACACUGAUGGCACCAACAAUAGUGGCCACUCCCCUCAGCCAAUCAGCAGCGAUCUGGGACCGUCGGAGCUUUCUAUUGGCCAAGGAGAGGAUAGUGGUCCAAUCAAAUGGAGCCAACCUGGAGAUGGGCUGGGGGCGGGGCUUGGGGUGGGGCAGGUGAAUAAUAGCUCCUUAUAG